AUGACCUGGGACCAGUGGCAACAGGGCGGCUACGCGGACCGCCAGGUGAAGCCGCGCAAGAACAUGUUUUGGUGUGGCGUGGAUCAUGACAACAACGGGGUCUACGCGACCCGCUACGACAGGAACGGCGGUAAGCAGAAGUUCCUGGCGAUCUUCCACCACGGGAUCGCGGGGACGACUUCGACGAACGGCGCAAUGGUGCUCAACAUGCCGAUCGUUGACCACUCGAAGUGCGCCGAGGAGGAAGUAUUCGUCACAUCGUUGGCGAAUGAUUACAUCGCGGGCCGCAUCGAUCGGGACGAGAUGAACGCGAAGAAGAACGAGCACGUCAAGGAGAACAAAGCACGGAUGAAAAAGGGCGACGAUAAGAAGGCUGGUGGCGCGAAGUCUGCCAAAUCAAAGGCAACGAAGAUACCAAAGAAAGAGAAAGCUGAGUACGAUGGCGACAGCGACCGCAAGGAAGAGAAAGAUGAUGAUGACGACAACGGGUUUGGCGACCUCAUGAGCAAAGAUAAAGAGGGCGACGACAGCGAUGAGCAAGGAAGCAGUGAUGCAGCGCCGUUGGUGACUGCGGAGGAUCCACCGAAGACCACCGCUAAGCCAAAGAAGAAAAUUUGCAAGAAGUCGAAAGAUUUGAGCGGGCCGUCCGACAGUGCUGCUCCGUCGAUGGUGCACAAAGGCAAGGCCGCGACGGGCGUCAAGGCGGAGACCGACGAGGAAGAGGACGAGGACGAGGCAGAAGGUGCGGCGGCGGCGGCGGUCCUGAAGCGCCCAGCGGCUGACGCGGAGGAGCCUGAGCCGCGCAAGACGCAGAAG